AUGGAGAUGUACGGGAUGGGGACGCGCCGCGUUUGGAUCGGCGGGCUGGUGGAUCUGGUCCAGCUCCAGAUCCGGACGGGGACAGGGACGGGCCUGGCGACGGCGGCUCGCCGGAGACCGGCGACGACGGGCGGGAGGCGAGGCGGCGGAGGGCGUGGGCCGCGGGCGCAGCACCGGCGAGGGGCGGAGGCGGCUGAGGCGCGCGGGGGCGAGGCGGCGGAGGACGCGGCGGCGGCCGGGCACCACGGCGGCCGUGGGCGGCGCACUACGGCGGCGGAGCGCGCCGGCGGCGGGCGGGGCGCAGGAGCCCGCGGAAGGAGGCGGUGGAGAUCCGGGCCGGGCGGCGCGGAGGAGCCGUGGGGGAGCGGGCUGGGGGCAGCGGCCGACCGGGCCGGGAGGGCCGUGGCUGGGCCCGGCGGGCCCGCGCGGUGGAGACGGCGGCGGUGA